AUGUUGUUCUCUUUCACCAAAGUCGUCUUCGCCACUCUCGCGUUCGGCGUUGCCGCCGUUUCCGCUAUCCCCACUCCUGCUCCUGCUAACGCAGUUGCAAAGCACGGUGGCGAGGACGUCUUGGCUCUUCUCGCCAGCGUAAAAGCUGACGUCGACGUUGACAUCGGCAAGCUCAAUGCUCUCGUCGCUGCUGACGUGACCCUCGACGUCCUCGGUCCCAUCGUGGCCGACAUCAAGGUUAAGAUCGAUCUCGCCACCACGACUGUCAAAGGGUACGGCCCUGACCAGUGGCAGGGCGAUUCUGCCAACGACAUCUCUGUCAGCAUCAAUGCACUCAUCGUGGCUCUCAUCGACCCAAUCAACCGCAUCAAGGGGCUCAACGGCGACGUUACCAUUAUCAACGUCUUCGCCGACAUCGACAUCUCCCUCGGCGGCCUGCUCAACGCCAUCCUCGCCCUCGUGAGCGUCGACGUCUCCGUCAACAUCAAGCUCAACCUCGUCCUCAUCCUUGCCCCCGUCGUCGUCAUCCUCCACGGCCUCGACUUCACCGUCUUACUCAACAUCCUCGCCAUCCUCUGA